AUGCUCUCCAAGGCGCAGUGUGCGCUAGCACAGUCAAGACUCGCACAUCAGGCACAAAGUGACCGUCAUACUGGGUCUGGUGUGAGAUUAAAUGGCAAAAAUGUACCUUCAACGCCAUGUGCCACGCAUAAAAGUGUCAUAAGUACGCAGGGAGCCCACAAUGGCAAGCAAACACAAGUGGGAGCGAGAUGGACCAAGUGGUUAGAUCGUGAAUCUACUGACCGGACUGUCCGUGGUUCCAACCCGACCUCUGCCUCUCGACUUCCCCUGUCCAGACUUGGGCGACCUGGCAAUAUCCCAGCCCUCGUGCCUCCUUCGUGUGGCACGCACCUAGGCGCCGAAAGGGUGCUACAGCUGAACGACUGCUGA